AUGUCGACCAAAACUAUCAAAGACUAUCUCAUCAAGCAGAUAUUCAUCAAUAAGCAAGUCGUCACAUAUCGUUCACUAAGCCGUGAAUUUGGGAUUCAUGUCAAUGCCGCGAAGAAAGAGCUAGAACUAUAUCAUACUAAGGCGCCGGAAGACGCCCAAGUCUGCUACGCGACAUACAUGCUUAGCGGAGAACCCAGUAAUGCUCCAGCGGCAGUGGCAAGGCGGAGCGCAAAUCGCGCAAAAAAACAUACGCAACAAAGCAUGGAUACCGAUAUGAGCAUGGACAUUGACGACGGGUUUAUGCCCACGCAAAGCAAUGCCGGCGAAGAUGAUGACGAAGACGGCGAGUUCGAGGACGACGAGGACUACGAAGACAUCCCUGUUAUUAAAGUUACGAUAGUAAACGAGAAGGAUUUGGAAGAUACAAAGGCGAAGUACCGUCGGCUUCAAUCCGUCGACGUCUAUAGCCUUUCGCCGUCUCCAAUCAUUGACGCAGACCUGCUGUGCACCAGUAAUGAAUCUAUACGAAACACAGACGUGUCCAAAGGGGAAGAAUUCGCGAAAACAGUCGGAAGGAUCCUUACCCCUAAAGUUAUUGUCCAUAAAACACAAGAGCAGCGAAACAAUGACAAAAAGAAAGGGAAAGGCAAGGCGCCUGCCGCUGGCCCGUCUAGAGCUCGCCUUCCGGUGAAGCCACCUCCGCCACCUCCUGAACCUGAGGUCAAGAAACCUGUUCCCCCUACUGUCCAAACCCCUCAAGAGAAGCCAGCAGUACCCGCAAAGCCAAAGCAAACAGGGAAGCUCAACUUUCAAACCAAAGAGAAAGCUGCGCAGGUCAAAAAGGAGGAGGAGGAAGCUGUGAAGAAGACAGCAGUCGAGGCGAAGAAGGCUGGAUUCUUUGGUGGCAAGACGGCGAAGAAGGCCAACCCACCCACAAUCUCUGUGAAGGAGGAACCCAGAGAGGAAACAAAGGCUCUCGAGGCUCCUGCCAAGAGAGGAAUUAAGCGUAAAUCUGUUGCCCCAAACGAUGGCUCCGACUCCGACUCAGUCGCUCCGUCUCGCUCAGCUUCGGUAUCUCGGCCGCCCUCGCAAACCAAGAACGCGAACGCGAAGGUAAAGAAAGGCAUUGUCUUGUCGGAUGAAGAGGAAAGCGACGGGGACGUGAAAGCCAAGGCAAAGAGCAAGGCGGCAUCGAAGCGAAAGGCCGAAGCUGCAGAGAAGGCAAGAUUGGCGGAAGAGAGGGAGGCCAAGGAAUUGAUGGAAAUUGACGACGAUGCUGUCGAGCGAGUUGAACGCAAACCCAAGUCUCCUAAGCGGAAGCGUGAAGAGGAUAGUGACUCUGAACAGCAGGUCGGGGGCGAGGAGGAGGGGACGAAGGAAGAGUUCCAACCGGAAGAAGAUGUCGAGAUGGAAGAUGCUGAAGAGAUUAAGCCCAAGCCAAAGAAGAAGAGAGAGAAGAAGGUUAUCCCGGUUGGCAAGAAUGGCUUGAAGAAGAAGCGGGUCGUCAAGACAAGGACGGUAACCGACGCAAAGGGGUACAUGGUCCGAGAAGAAUAUUCCGACUGGGAAUCGGUGGACGAGGAAGAGGAGCUGCAGGAGCCCAAGUCAAAGGCCAAGUCUAAACCUAAAGCAGGAGCCAAAUUCUCUGCUGUUACUACUGAAGACUCGGAAGCUAGCGGACCUUCUCGAGCGCCAUCAAGGGCAGACAGUGUGUCUGGUGGUACAAAAGCAGACUCCACGCCCGCCAAGGCACCGACCAAAGCUAAACCUACGAAAGUUCCGGCUAAGGCGAAAAGUGCAAAUGUCAAGGGAAAGCAGCAGUCGAUUGCGGGCUUCUUUGGUGCCAAAUCAAAGAAGUAG